CUUUUUUAAAAACAAUUUUCGUUCUUUAACAAAAUAAUAAACAAAAUGACGCGUUUCACGUCACAUCCGUCCAGGAAGUUGACGCAGGCAGCGUGUGCGUUUGCGGAGCUCCAAGGUGAGCUCGGAACAUGUUGGCGGUGUUUCGGGUGAGUGUCCGCCGGGCGGUGUGGAGGGGGGCUCGGCUUCAUCCCCGCCGUGUGCCCGCUGCGGGCUGUGCGGGGUCUGCGCCGGGAUCAGGGGCCGCUGCGGAAUCAGACCCGGGCCCAGGGGCCGCGGCGGGUCGUGGUUUGUCCCGGCAGCUCAUCAGCAGACACGGGACGGCAAUCCGGGGCUGCACGGUGGACCCGAACCUGGAGGAGCAGUUCGUGUUUGUGGACUGUACAGAUCCAGAUCCAGAUCCGGAUCCAGACCCCCAUCAGGAGGAGAAAGACCUCCUCCAGCUGAGCCACUCCUCCUCCUCCCCUCCUGCUGCUCCUCCUCCUGGAUCUUUGGCAGAUCAGUUUCCUCCUCAGAGACACCUGAGGUCUCUGGAGCGCCAACUGCAGGUGUUGAAGGGCGUGGCCCAACAGGAGGCGGAGCCUGACUCUCUCAUCCAGUUCCACGACGUGGACUUCCCGCUGGACGACGGCUUGGUGGCGGCGAAGACGACAAAGAAGAAGAAGAAGACGGCGGGGAAAGGUGAGCAUAAAGUCUUCGGCACUCCGGACCUGGACGAGCCGAUCAGUGACUCCUGCUGCUCGGGCUGCGGCGCCAUCCUGCACUGCACCGCCGCCGACGUCCCCGGAUACCUGCCCAGUGAGAAGUUCAAGGCGCUGCGUGAGGAGGAGCGUCUGAGCGGCGCCACCUGCCAGCGCUGCCACCUGCUGACCCACCACCACAAGGCCCUGAGCCUCACCAUGUCUGCAGACCAGUACCGGGCCGUGGUGCGGCAGGUCCGCCCCCACAAGGCUCUGGUGCUGCUCAUCGUGGACCUGCUGGACGUCCCGGACUCCAUCGUCGCCGACCUGCCAGAGCUGGUCGGGACCAACAAACACGUCGUCGUCCUCGGCAACAAGAUCGACCUCCUGCCAGGAGAUUCGCCCAACUACCUGCAGCGGAUCAAACGGCAGCUCGCUCAGUACUGUCGGGACGCCGGGUUCGGCGGUCAGGUGACCGACGUCCACCUGAUCAGCGCCAAGACCGGGUACGGCAUCGAGGGUCUGAUCACCAGCCUGCAGAGGUCAUGGAGGUACAAAGGGGACGUGUACCUGGUGGGCAGCGCCAAUGCGGGGAAGUCGACGCUCUUCAACACGCUGCUGGAGUCCGACUACUGCAAGUCCAAAGGUUCUGACGUCAUCCACAAGGCCACCAUAUCGCCGUGGCCCGGGACGACUCUGAACCUGCUGAAGUUUCCCAUCAUCAACCCGACUCCAUACAGGAUGUUCAGGCGGCAGGAACGACUGAACGAAGCGGCGAGACAGACGGAGAGCGAGCUGUCGCAGGACGAGCUGAAGAGGCUGAAACACUUCAGCAGGCAGGGCUACUUAGUGGGUCGUGUUGGCAGAACGUUCCGGUCUGACAUCAGGUCCAAAAGUAAAGAAAUUGACUUUGAUCCUGACUCUUUGGCUUUCGGAGAAAACGAAGACGGAGACAUGACGACGACAGCUCCCAGCAGGCCGACUGAUGAGUUCACCUUCAACGAGCUGAAAGACGCUCACUGGCUGUUCGACACACCUGGAAUCAUGAAGGAGCACGAUCUCCUCAGCCUGUUGACAGAAGAGGAAGUGAUGUCAGUGGUUCCCACUCAGGCAGUCGUCCCGCGGACGUUUGUGCUGAAGCCCGGUCUGAGUCUGUUCCUAGGAGCUCUGGCCAGGAUCGACUUCCUGCAGGGGGGGAAGUCCUGCUGGUUCUCGGUCGUGGCCUCCAGUCGGGUCCCAGUUCACGUCACCAGUCUCGAAAAGGCCGCCAGUGUUUAUGAGAAACACGCGGGACACGUCCUGCUGGGGGUUCCUCUGGGAGGGUCGGAGCGCAUGAAGGAGUUUCCUGCGUUGGUUCCUCAGGAGUUCAGGUUGGAGGGUCGAGGUUACCUGGAGGCUGCUGCCGACGUCAAACUGUCGUCUGCAGGUUGGGUGGCUGUGACGGCAGCAGAAGGGGAUCAGCUGUUGCUGAGGGUUCAUGGUCCGGAGGCGGCAGGUUUCAGUCUGAGGACGCCGCCGCUGCUUCCUCAUGUCGUCUCUCUUAAAGGAGAACGCAUCAGAAAAUCUGCCGCCUACAAACUCGUGAAGCCGCCGGGGCUGCUGGACAGCGGACUGUCGGCCCACGGAGCCGAGAGGCUGCAGGUGAAGAAGAAGAAGAAGUGAACACCAGCAGACAGGUGGGAGGAGCUUCCACAGUGACGUUUGUUUAUUUGUCUGGCUGGCUGCAGAGGACGCCGUUUCCCGUUUCUGCAGGACUCUGAACUCUGACACCUGAUCAGGGGUGUGUUUGUUUCCAUGGUAAUGCAGCAUAAACCAAAGUAACAUGUGACGCAUCAACUGUGACAUGUCUGACGGCGCAGCGCGAAGCUGCUGUGGACAGAAACAUUGAACUACUUCCUGUUUUGUAAUCAGCAGCAGAGAAACGACGAUUUGAUCAUGAAAAUGUUUAUUUAAAAAAAGCAGAUUGAUACAUGAAGUGAAAUCUGUUAGCUGAGACAAUAAAGAGUGAAGAACUUCCUGCAGACUAA